AUGGCGCUCAAAGGAUGGAGGCUGAUCCUAAACAGGGCAAUAUUUAUACCACAGCGUUAUGUGUUCGGAAUCAUGGGUCUCUUCGCUUUGGCGAAUUCAUUCACGAUGCGGGUUUGUUUGAGCAUAACAAUCGUUACUAUGGUUACCCACGUGCCUCCCACCGAACACAUUCAAGGGGAAACUUGUCCCGAUCCUUCACUUGCGAUAUCAGACGUCUCAAUCAACAAAACUGUCAACGCUGUGAUUGAAACGGCUCGUCAGAAAUAUGACUGGGAUGAGAAAACUCAGGGAUUACUGCUCAGUGCGUUUUACUAUGGUUAUGUUCUGACUCAUUUACCUGGUGGCCUCUUAGCUGAGAAAUUUGGUGGAAAAUGGACCCUUGGACUGAGCUUACUUAGCACUUCAGUGGCCACUGUCUUAACCCCAUGGGUUGUUAGCAUGUGGGGAGCUGUGGGACUUUUUAUAAUUAGAGUAGUCGAAGGGCUUGGUGAGGGGCCCGUUACUCCAGCGUUUGUCCUUUUAAUGGCUCGUUGGGUACCGCCAUCAGAACGAUCACGAUUCGGUGCUAUGAUAUUCGGUGGGGCUCAAAUAGGCAAUAUCGCUGGCCCAUACAUCUCAGGAUUACUCCUUGCGGAUGGUGGAGAUUGGGCAAAUGUAUUUUAUGUGUUUGGAGGGUUCGGUAUUAUAUGGUUUAUCUUUUUCACCUUACUCUGCUAUAGUACACCCAAUAGCCACCCAUUCAUAUCGGAUGAAGAACGAAAUUAUCUAAAUGCUAAUAUCGUUGCUUCUGGUUUACACAAAAAAUUACCACCAGUUCCGUUUAAAGCCCUGCUUCGAUCUGUAGAACUAUGGGUUUUAGUAGCGGCUGCUGUCGGCCAUGACUGGGGUUACUUCACUAUGAUAACGGAUCUACCGAAAUAUUUCUCCGAUGUAUUGAAAUUUAACAUCAAGGACACAGGACUCAUGUCUGCACUUCCAUACAUUGCUAUGUACAUUUGCUCUUUCAUUUUUGCUUCAUUUUGUGAUCUUUGCAUCAAAAAGAAAUGGCACAGCAUUACAACUGGAAGAAAAAUUUAUACAACCCUAUCUUCAACGACACCCGCUAUUUUUAUUAUUCUGGCUUCGUACUCGGGCUGCGACCGCACACAAGCGGUGGGAUAUUUCGUGGCAUCUAUGGCCUUUAUGGCGGGUUUCUAUAGCAGCGUAAAGAUCAAUGCCAUGGACAUCGCUCCCAACUACGCUGGUACAUGUUCUGCCUUUGUAAACGGAUUAGCUGCGGUAUCUGGAAUUAUAACGCCAUAUUUGGUUGGUCUUUUGACACCCGAUCAAACACUCCAACAAUGGCGAUUAGCGUUCUGGACAAUUUUUGUAGUACUAAUUGGUACUAAUAUUUUAUAUCUAAUAUGGGGUUCUGGUGAGCAACAGUGGUGGGAUGAUGUGGAGAAACAUGGGUACCCAGAGAAUUGGAAACAUGGACCACUCAAGACCAGACCAGUAGAUACAGAGAAGAAAGUGGUUAUUCCGAAGCAUGAUCACUCACCGGUGUUGUAG